AGGCACUUGGUCAAAUUUGUGAUACCAUGUAGUUGUCCGUUCACUCGUGUAUAAAUGUGCUCAAAACAACUCCGAGUGUGCUAAUAUCAUCAACAUUUAUUUCCCGUCACCUACUUGUUAUUAUGCUUGUAUCUCCACAACCAUAUUAAAAAGGAAACCGACUAGUGCCAUACUGCAGGCCAAGAAAGAACUGCAAGAUGGAAACUCUGCAGAAUGAUGAGAAAGCUAAUGCUACCACACAAGAGCCGAAUUACAGAGGCGUCAAAGCUAUGCCCUUUGUCAUAGGAAAUGAGACAUUUGAAAAGCUUGGGACUAUCGGAACCUCAUCAAAUCUCUUGGUCUACCUCACUACAGUCUUCAACAUGAAGUCGAUCACCGCGACAAAUCUCAUCAAUAUCUUCAAUGGCACCUGCAAUUUCGGUACCUUGCUUGGAGCUUUUCUAUGUGAUACGUAUUUUGGACGAUACAAAACACUAGGAUUUGCUUCCAUUUCGUCUUUCUUGGGGAUGCUUGUACUCACACUAACAGCCGCGAUUUCAACGCUUCAUCCCCCGGAGUGUACAACACAUGAUGAGGGCUCAUGCUCAGGACCGACAUCAUGGCAAAUGGUGGUUCUGUUGAGUAGUUUUGGCCUGUUAAUCAUCGGAGCUAGUGGGAUAAGGCCAUGUAACUUGGCCUUUGGAGCUGAUCAAUUCAAUCCAAAUACGGACUCCGGAAGAAAGGGGAUCAACAGUUUCUUUAAUUGGUACUAUUUCACCUUUACCUUUGCUGUGAUGGUAUCUAUAACAGUCAUCGUCUAUGUGCAAGCAGAUGUAAAUUGGGCAAUAGGGUUAGCCAUUCCGACAUUUCUUAUGUUUCUGUCAUGUGCAUUCUUCUUCAUUGGUACCCGAAUGUAUGUCAUAGUUAAACCCGAAGGCAGUCCUCUGACGAGCAUUUCACAAGUUAUAGUGGCAGCAAUUAAGAAGAGAAAUUUGGAAUUACCAGCACAACCCUGGCUAUCCAUGUUUAAUCAUGUUCCAUCUAGUACAAUCAAUUCGAGACUUCCUUACACAGAACAAUUCAGCUUCCUCAAUAAAGCAGCGAUACUAACGCCUGAAGAUGAGAUCAAUUCAGAGAAAGCAGCAGUUGAUCCGUGGAGGCUUUCUAGUAUGCAAAGAGUGGAAGAAGUGAAAUGCAUUUUACGAGUUCUCCCCAUUUGGCUUGCAGGGACAAUUUACUUUGUCUCCAUGGUUCAACAACAAACUUACGCAGUAUUCCAAGCCAUUCAAUCCGACAGACGUUUUGGCAGUGGAAGUUUUGAAAUUCCUGCAGCAUCUUACUCAGUCUUCCAAAUGCUCUGUCUCACUCUUUGGAUACCUGUGUACGACAGAUUACUCGUGCCAUUCCUUCGUAAAAUAACCAAAAAAGAAGCCGGAAUCACAAUUUUACAAAAAAUAGGCAUCGGUAUUGUAAUUUCAAUUUUCACAAUGCUGGCCUCUGGCCUGGUGGAAAACAAAAGGAGGUCUCUGGCAUUGUCAAAGCCACUGGGGACAGUAGCAAGGAAAGGCGCGAUAUCAUCCAUGUCGGCCUACUGGCUAGUCCUUCAAUUAGCACUCGUAGGCCUUUCGGAGGCAUUUACUGUAAUCGGCCUAGUUGAAUUCUACUACAAACAGUUCCCUGAAAACAUGAGAAGCUUUGGAGGAUCAUUCCUGUUCUGCAGCUCCGCGAUAUCGAGUUACCUAAGUAGUGCCUUGAUAACAGUUGUUCACAGGGUAACCAGAAACUCAGCAGGAGAGAACUGGUUGGCAGAAGAUCUCAACAAGGGAAACCUGGACUACUUUUACUACCUGAUUGCAGGCUUGAUGGUCCUCAACUUGGGAUACUUUCUAGUAGUGGCCAAGUGGUACAAAUACAAGGGAACAGCUGACAACAUUAUCUCUGAAGUUGCCAUGGAUAAGAUAAAACCUGAAAUGCCUCAUGCUCAUGUUUAAAUUACAUGCAGAAAAGCACAUAAGAUUUUAUUUUGAAAUUUGCUGCAACUUUAUUCAUACUUAUAAAAAGCAAGUCUGCACCCAAUAAAAAGAAUCAUUGUAAAAUAGUGUGAUUAUAAGGAAAGAUUUGGUGGGAUUGUGGGCCCGGGUGCUCAUAUUGGAAUAGAUAUACUCCCUCUGUCCCUCUCAUUUGUUUACAGUUACUAUUUUGGGA